AUGCAGUCAGAAGUGCGCAACCCGCCGCCUGGCGAGGCGAGGUCUGGCUGGGGGGCCCCCCAUCAGGGGGGCCCCCCUUCCCCCGGCAUGCGGCCUGCAGCACAGCUGCACGAAACUCCUGCAGCUGCUGCAGCUACACCCAGGAGUACAGCAGUAGCAACGACAGCAGCAGCAACACCCGGAGCAGCAGCAGCAGUUGAUGAUGCUGGAGACACACCCUUAGGCGGUCUCGAAACGCAGCAGGUGCCUCCUUCUUCUUCUCAACCACAUAAUCAUGAUCAGCAGCAACAGCAGCAGCAACAACAACAGCAGCAGCAGCAGCAAAGGCUCGCAGCAACGACCGAAAUAGCUGCAAAGGGGGUGCGGCAUACAGGGCGUGGUGAUUUCUCAGUGGCGUUUGCUGUUAGAGGCAGCAGCGGCUCAGAUGCUGCUAGCAGAGGAGAUGGUAGCGUGCCUUCUGCUUCUUCUUUAGCAGCAGCAGGAGCAGCAGCAGGAGCAGCAGCAGGAGCAGCAGCAGGAGCAGCAACAGCUGAGCGUUCUAACGGGGCCUUACCUGUUGGUGUAUUGGUGGGUGUAAGGCCAGAGGGGGCCCCCAACGAAGUUAAGAGGAGGAGCGCACAUGAUGGGGAUCGGGAUCGGGAUCGGGAUCGGGACCGGGAUCCAUUUGCUGUUGUUGGUGGACCUGCAUGCAGCAGCGGGAGCUGCAGCAGGGGUGGCGGUGGAGUCUUCUGGUUGCGGCGUCGGCUGCGGCUGCUGCUGCGGGCCCUCGAGCGUUUGUUUAGCGGUGGGGUUGUUGUUAUUGUGCUUACAAGCACUGCUCUGGACCUUCACAACAACACCAGCGAUCUCUUCUUGCUCCCUGCUGCGGGCCUCUAUCUCCUCAUGCUGCUCUUCGCUUAUGUCUCUCUUCGGGUGCCUAGAUGGAGGAGACAGUUCAAGUCCUACCUCCACGGGCGUUUCUUGGGUUAUGCACAUCGUGUGGAUUCACGUGCUGCUGCUGCUCCUUUCUCUCCUUUUGCUGCUGCCGGGCACCAGCAGCAGCUGCUGCAGCAGAUGCAGCAGCAGGCGGAGGCGCUACACGCUCACAGCCUAUUGACAGACAGCAGGGGCCCCAUGGGGCCCCCUGGAAGUGCACGUUUAAAAGGCAGCUGGAGACACUCAGCUUUCUUUCGAGCGCUGUUUUGCUGCAGCAGAGCUUCUCGCGGACGCAACAAGCAGCAACAGCAGCAGCAGCAACGGCAGCAGCAAGCCACAGGCUGGCAGCAGCAGCACCACCAGAAAUAUGACAACAAUUCUGAUCACCUUCCUGCUUCUCGAGCUUUCUCAGGCGAGCAGCUUAGCACCAGGAGUCCUAUAGGGGCCCCUAUGGGGGUAUAUUCUCAAGGGGCCCCCUUGGGGGGCCUCCAAGGGGGCCCCAUUGGGGGCCCCCAGGGUAAUGCAGUUGAUGGUUAUGCUGAGGGAGAUGAAUAUCUGCUUCCUCGACGCUUUAUUUCUGACGAUAUAUCUCGCUUCUGGCUGCAAUAUAAAAGUAACGCUGCCAGGGGGUCGCUGUGGAGGAGCGAGAACCCUGCAGCAGCAGCAGCAGCAGCAGCAGCAGCAGCAACAGGGUGGGGUUAUGCGGGUGGCAUGUCGCCUGCGUUGCGUCAACGAUACCCAGGGAGUUUCCUACGUGGUUAUUCAAAUUCUGCUUGGGGGCCCCCUGGGGGCCCCCGUGGGCUGCAGCGUUACUGCAGUGAGGCGGAAGCAGCUGGAGCUUGGUGUCAACAGCAGCAGCAGCAGCAGCAGCACAUGUCAUCUGCAUUGCUGUUUGCUGCAACAACUCUGAAUCUGUACGGAGAUGAAGAGUCUCCUGCAGGAGUAGAAGGCCGCUUGCGAGAUCUGCUGCAGCGGCUUGAAGGGGGGGCACGCAGCGAGGGUUUAGGUUUAAUUGAUGCAGGGGGACUACUAUCUUGCGGUGUACAGACAGCUGGAGGGGGUGGGGUUGGUGUAGGGGGUAGCGCUGAAGAGAAGGAGAAUGAAGGAGUGCAUGCGCUGAGGCCCGUGCUGUCUUUGUUUUUAGUAAUAGUAGGCCAUAUUCUCUUACAGGUCUCAGCAGCAGCAACAGCAGCAGCAGCAGCAGCAGCAGCAGAAAUCCUAAAACAGCAGAAGGGCCUUUAUUAUCUGCAGGGUCGGGGUGUCUCCUUUCUAGAGCUUGCUCGCAUUCUUUAUCUGCAGCAUCAGGUCUUCCUUAUAGGCCUUAUUACUUUUUCUAAUCGUAUUGCUUUAAACCCGUCCAAGUAUAAUGUAGGUGAUGAGCUUGCUGCUGCAUGCACUACAAACAGCAGCAGCAGCAGCAGCAGCAGCAGCAACGCGCCCUACCGCCAUGCAGAUGAUCCUGCAGCAGCAGCAGCUGCAGCAGCAGCAGCAGCAGAUGUUCCGGUGUACGCUGGGAUCGUACUCGCUCCCAACCUCGAAGUUGUCGCCCGCCUCGCCUCCGCUAAAGACAUCGCCUCAAGGAGGAGACACACAAAACCUACACAAGCAGGAAUGCAGCAAACAGCUGGGCAUUCUCCUUUUGGCUGUAGGCCUGGAGGUGUCCCCUCUUCGCAUCCUUCUCGUCAUAAGCUGCAGCCGCUGCACGAAAGCCCUUCUCUUCAUUCUAUUGAAGACAGCUCUGCUGCUUCUGCUGCAGCAGCAACACAGCCAACCCCAGCGGGAACUGUCUCCUUUGAGGCUCUAGCAGCAGCAGCACCUGCAGCAGCAACGCCAGCAGCACCCACAGCAGCAGCAACAGCAACAGCAACACCUGCACCAACAGCAGCAGCACUCAGAUCGAACCCCAGGGGCACCGGGAGGCACAUGACGUGUGUAGACUCUCUACGCGGCAGCAGCAGCAGCAGCAACAGCAGCAGCAGCUGCAGCAUGGGGGCUGUUGGUGCAUCACCAGGUGUACUGGGUGGGCGUGUGGGUGCUGUAGGUGGAGGAGCAGCAGGUCCAUCUGCAGCUCCAGCAGCAGCAGCAGCAGCACCAGGAAGCAGCAUGCAUCAUUCUCAGCAGCAUCAGCAGCAGCCUCAUGUAUCUCCUGCAUUACAGGUGCAGCAGCAACAGCAGCAGCAGCAACAGCAGCAGCAGCAGCAUCUUGGUGGUUUGCGCUCUGUACUGUCUCUAAAUGAAGCACGUAAUGGGGUGUAUGAGAGCCCCAAUGCUGCAUUUGUGUUAGUGUGCGGCUGGCCUCGGGGCCUUCGUAUCUUUCUGCAUUCUUUGCUGCAGAACGGUGUAUAUAAUGUCUUAGUAUUAAGCCCUCAUCAGCCUAAUACUGUGGGGCCUCUUGAUCUUCAGCCCUAUGCUCGCUGCUGCGCAUAUAUUAAGGGCUCUGCAUUGUCUAUGACAGACUUAGUAAGAGCAGGGGCUUUAGAAGCUGCUGCUGUUGCUGUCUUCUCCUGUCCGCAUGUCUCUUGGAGAGCUGACUUCAGCAGCAGCAAGCUAGAUACUCAAGCUAUCCUAGUAAGACGCACUAUACUUGCUUUAUAUAAACGAGGGGGGCCCUUUCCUCCUCCUCAGGGUAGGCUUCCCCCUGUCUUGGAGGCAAGAAAGAAACAAAGUGAUGCUGCUGCUGCUGCUGCUGCUGCUGCUGCUGCUGCUGCUGCUACAGCAGCAGCAGCGCCAGCAAAAACGCAACCAGCAGCAACAACAGAGGGAAUUAAUCCACCACAUCCAGAAGCAAACGAAGCAGCAACAGCAGCAGCACUUGCUGCAAGCACCAACUCACACAACAACCAGCAGCAGCUGCAGCAGCAGCAACAGCAGCAGCAACAGCAGCAAGGGACAGGGCUCCUCCCAGACUAUGUCCUCGCCCCAGAGCCGCCACCACCACCAAUCGACUCCGAGACACUCCUACUGCUGCAGCAGCAGCAGCUCGAGGAGCAGCAACAGCAGCAGCAAGUUCGUAGAGGCCUAUCCUACUUCGGCUCCCUUCUUCCUCGACACAGAGACCCCCAGAUAUUCUUGGAUUUAAAAGACUCCACGUUGCUGCAGUACUGCGACUUCACGAUGGCAGACGCCCCCAACUACGAGGCAAAUCCGUACAUGCGGCCGCCUUGGCUGAGGUGA